AUGAAACCACAAUAUGUUCGCUUUGUCAUGUCACCCAACAACAAUGUUCAACCACAAAAUUCACAUUACUUGAAAUUGAACUCAGUGCAUAAAGUCCUACACCAAAACAAUGUCGUUUCUUCGUUACAAAUUCUAAAUGGAAUUAAUCCUCCAGCUACUGCUACUUUACCAACUCGUCUUAUUAUAAAUUCAUCUCCAAAAACAUUUACUCUUUCUAGUCCGAUAACACCACAAACGAUAAAUAAAUCAACAGCUGGAAUAACAAUUCUCGAACAAGUUCCAAAUUCAUCAUCUGUCGUCGAUAUGCCAAUCGCACGAUCAACGACUGCUGAGUCCCCAUUAUCAGCAGAAACGCUGAUGAGCCCUGUUACGACUAUGACAAAAUCAAAAUCAACAGCAGCAAACAAAAAUACGAAAAACGAAUUGGUAUAUCUUGAAUCGACAACACGCGCAACAAAGAAACAGACAAAAAGAUAA